UCUUUCCCUUCCUCUCUGAAAUCAAUAAAAUCAUUAAAAAUAAAUAAAAUUUAAAAACAGCCAUAAAACUGUGAAAGUUCAAUAUGCACUGCACAGUAAAGUACUAUACUAAAUGUUAAGCGUCUGACGGGAUUAUUGUAUUAUGGUUAAGUUAGGAGAAUGUCCUUGUUAGGAGCCAGAUCUGGGAUAUUUCGGGGUGACCUGUAACGAUGUCUACAACCAACACUCCGGCAAAUUGUGUACGGACUACAAUGUUUACCUGGUUGAAGAAUUUUCUAUCAGCUUCCGGUCAACGCUCUCCACAAACUGAACGAGCCAAGUGUCGUCUGUAUGGCUGAGGACACACGGGCAGCCACAUUGUCACCUUCCUGGGGCUAAGUGGAGCCUUGAGAGUUUUAAGCGGCCACAGCUCGGUGGGGGCCAGUGACAGGCUCUGGUUCCACCUUUGCUCGAGGGGCACACACAGACGCGCACCCACGCGCCUUCUGCACACCUCCGUGGUCACGUGAAGGCAGGCACCACAAGGCCCCGGUCGCGCUCUCGGGCUCCGUCAGGCACACACACAGCAGCAGCACGUGCUGUUCGACGUGCUUUACGGCAGUCGCAUUACGGAGGGCGACAAUGCGCCCCUGCCCGGCACUGCACGCCCGUACAGCGGCACGUGCUGUCUGCCUUGCUUUACGGCAGUCGCUGGAGGCGCGAAAGCGAGGCCACUAUCCCGCCCCCAGAGGCGCGCGCUCGACAGCGGCCUGUGCUGUGUGUUGCACUUUACGGCAGCCCGGCUGAGGCGCGGUCUCCAUGCCCACGUGAUUGUGAGCUGGCCGGGCUUCCGUUGGCGUCGGCGCUCCCACUGCUCCGUGACCCCGGCGGCGAUGGCGGCUGCGCUGUGGCGGAAGGCGUUGGACUACGUGAAGAACAAGGAGUUCCGCGACUAUGUGACCAGCACGCACUUUUGGGGUCCCCUGGCCAACUGGGGUCUGCCGCUGGCCGCCUUUCGGGACAUGAAGGCCUCCCCAGAGAUCAUCAGCGGCCGCAUGACCAUGGCGCUCAUCUUCUACUCACUGGCCUUCAUGCGCUUCGCCCACCGCGUGCAGCCCCGCAACCGGCUGCUCAUGGCGUGUCAUGGCGCCAACGUGAUGGCGCAGAGCGUGCAGGGCAGCCGCCUGCUCAUCCACCGCUACGGCAGCGGCGGCCGCGGCCUUCAGGCGACUGCUGACACCCACAAGGACACCCCCACCGACGCCGGCACCAACACCCGCACCGAGGCCACCACCAGCGCCGCCGCUGAGUGCUGGAUUUAUAUCAGCUUCGAUUAGGUGGCCGCCAGCCCCAACCUGCAGGCCCCGGGGUGAGGUUCGUGAUGGCUGACAUGACCCUAUCGAAUCUUCGCAGCUUGCAAGGACUGGACUGUUCUUCCUAAAGAUGAAGGAAAAGUUCGGUUUUGAUUGUAAAACAGUGCAAAUCUCGUUGAAACCUGCAGUUUGGUUAAUAAAAAAUAGAAAGUAGCACAACUGA